GAGAAAUCUGAAUGUUCAAAUCAUCUUGUCGUGAGUGAUCAUGUGUGCGGCUGCACGGGGCGCUUUUACAAACGACGGAAGUCUGGUAGGAACUGAAGCGGUGUGUUAAGAUGGACAUUUCACUUGGUAGGUGAAUGUACUAGCAUCUCCAUUCGAGGCUGUCGGAUUCCAUUAAAACGACGACAAGGAAGUAGUAGCAUUUUCAUUCGACUCCAUUUGCUUGUACCUUCGAGAAAAUAAAUAAAUGUCAGAGUCUGGGGCAAAAAACGUUGUGGUUGUGGAGCUUCACGGGCCGUCUGCAGCGUACGGAGCCUGGGUGGAGAGACGCCUCGCCGGAUUUUUGCUGCAGCAGCAAGAAAAUCAUCAGGCUAAUGUCGAAGCAAGACGCAGAAAUUGUGCAGAAGCAGAUGGGGACCGAGCAAAAACUGUGCAGACUCUCCAGCAAGCCACAGCGGAAGCAAAGAGGUGCGCGGAAAUAGAAAUCGUUAUGAUGCAUCAUAAAGCCUGUGUUGAGGCUUCGCGACGCGGUUGGCUGUGCACGGAGAAUCUGAAGGAAAGUUUCGACGAUAUCGAUUUCACCGCAUGGAUUUUUGGGAAACCAUUCCCACACGACCAACACCUUCCACAAAGCAGGGAAGCCGGAAUGGCAGGACAGCCACGUGUCGAAAAAUGGGAGCAUCUGGGUGAGCCGAGGAAACUUCAAAUAUCCCAGCCCAGCUACCGCGGAUAUAUUUCCGGAAAUUACAUGAAGGGACUUUCUGAGUCCCUCGUGCAAGACCAGCUUCGCGUAUGGAUGACUGCGGUGCGCCGCCGCUUUCUUGUGAAGACCCACAUGCCGCCCUUUCCCUCUGAGCUCUUUUUGAAAGUGAGGAGCUUCAUGCGGCCGCUCGGAUCUGUCAUUCUGAAUCCGCUGUACCUCGCGGAAAUUGCGACGCGCAAGCGCCAGUGCGACAUUGAGCCGCUACUCGGAGCUGCUAUAAGCAGCUGUUUUUCAGAUUUGAGGAAAAAUAAAGCAAGUGGCAGGGUCUGGUGGACUCGUGAUGCGAAAGAAACUGGAGUUCCGGACAGAGUCAGCGUUGGCGUCAGCCUGGGGAGCCGGAUUUUUACGAUACAGGAUGAGGCGUCGCAAAUGUGGCCUGCGAAAAGCGAGGAUUACAUAAUCGAUCGCCAAGACACAUGGGAAAAGCUUCGACAGAAGCAGAUUGCAGAUAAGUGGCCAUUCGUGCGUCCUGUGGAUCAAGAGGGGGCGAAGUAUGCAAGUCUGAUGGGUAUUUUGCGCGAAUUUUUUGAAUCCAAAGGUUUGAAAUUUAGCCAGGACGAGGAAGAUCGUAGCAAGUUCGAGAUCUCUUGGGGAUAGGCAAGCAAUCUGCUUUCAUUUUUCGACUCAUGCUGCAAAUUUUGACUUCUGCAAAUAUGCAUCUGCC